UCGACCAGAUAAAAAGCAACGUACGGUAAAUAUUGAAAACUCCAGGCAUCGAAAACAAGAGCAGAAGCACCCUCAGCCACAAGCUUAUAAGAGGGAAGCUUCACCUUCUCGUGGGAGCGGCUCUGGAGACGGCGGAAAAAGAGGCUGCCGUCGCUGGGAUCUCGCUCCAUACCGCUGGUGCUCCGGGGAUCCGGGGCCAACACCUUCCUCUGCAGAGAUCUGGAGAGAUUUCCUGAGUGGAGUGUAAUUUUUCAAAACCAUCUUUGCACCGUGUGGCAUUUAUUGAAAAAAUGUUUGGGAGAUUGACUUUUCCACAACUACUUUUUGCUAGCAUCCUUGGAAUUGCUGGAGGAAUAUAUAUUUUUCAACCGAUAUUUCAACAACAUUCCAGAGAUCAGAAGGAAUUAAAAGAGAAAUUGAAAGUGGCAGAGGAAUCAGAAGAGAAGAAAAGUUAAUACUACAUGCAGUUAAACUGUAAUUGCUUCAAUUUCCUUUGAAAUUAUGCAUUGACUAUAAGUAGUCUUGUAAAAACUUCUCAAAAUAUAUGUUAAACAUAAAUAAAUCAUAGAUGAUGAUUUUUAAAACU